AGGCUGUCCAGCAUCUUGAUAAGCCUCCCUCCAGCACCAGAUUUCACUCCUACUUCUUCAGGCACCUCUCGAAGGCAGAGAAGUGUUCUCUAGCAACUGUCAGUUCCUGGAAGUUCUUCCCGUCAGCACGGGUCAGCUUGUCACCUCCAUCGGGGAGAAUGGAGGAAAGGGGCACCAGUGGAGGGUUUCUGAGCACGGAUCCAACCAUCACAGCCUGGGGGACCAAACUCACAACAAUUGACAAUCACGAGUCUCUUCCUAAAUGUGACACAAAGACCGUGGUCCAGGCCUUGCUGACCUUCAUCAUCGCCCUGGUCGGGCUGGCAGGAAACGGGAUUGUCCUGUGGAUCCUGGGCUUCCACAUGAGGAGGAACGCCUUCACUGUCUACAUCCUCAACCUGGCCGGAGCCGACUUCCUCUUCCUCUGCUCCCAGAUUGUCCUUAACCUGGAAGGACUCAUUGCCUUGUUCCAUUCCAUCUCAUUCUCCAUCGCCAGCAUUUUCAUCACUGUGUGGAACUUUGCCUACUUUGCAGGCCUGAGCAUUCUCACCGCCAUUAGCACCGAGCGCUGCCUAUCAGUUCUGUGUCCCAUCUGGUACCGCUGCCACCGCCCCAAACACACAUCAGUUGUCGUAUGUGCCCUGGUCUGGGCCCUGUCCCUGGUGCUGAGCGUCCUGAACAGGUACUACUGUGGCUUCCUCUAUAGUGCAUUUGAGGAUGGUUGGUGCCCGAUAUCGCAUUUUUCCAAUGCAGUGUGGCUGACUUUUUUAUUUGUGGUUUUCUCUGGAUCCAGCGUCGCCCUGCUGGUCAAGAUUGUCUGUAGCUCCCGGCGGGUGCAGGUGACCAGGCUGGGUAUAACCAUCCUGUUCACAGUGCUGGUCUUCCUCUUCUGUGGCCUGCCCUUCUCCGUCCACUGGUUCCUCGCAAUCCGGAUUCAGAAUGGUUUUAAUACGUUCCUCUGUUAUCUUUAUAUGGUUACAAUUGUCCUGUCCGGGGUUAACAGCAGCGCCAACCCCAUUAUUUACUUCUUCGUUGGCUCAUUUAGGCAUUGGCGUCAUAAGCGGAACCUCAAGUUGGUUCUCCAGAGGGCUCUGCAGGACACUCCUGAGAUGGAUGAAGGUGGAGGAAGCCUUCCUCAGGAAACCCUGGAGACGUCCACAAGCAAAUCAAAGCAGUGAUGCAGAGCCUCUGCCGUGGUCAGUCAGAAGUGACUCUGAACGUCAACGCUGCCCUGCCAGACUUGGCAGUUAUCUCCUCUUCUCUCACCCUCGUGCCUCUGAAGUGCGUCAGUGAUUCCCCAAUGUUUUUCAAUAGAUUGUUUUUAGUCUGGCUUUUCUAGUUUUUCUCAGAGAAAGCAUUAGUCUGAAAGCUGUACCUCUCUAUCUUUCUUGACGUUACCAAUAAAUUUCUCAUGUUAUCUUC